AUGACGGAUCCACUGACUGUCCUACAGGAAUCAGACACAGGUGACUUGUGUGAUACUGAGGAUGGAGAUGAUGAGGACAGAGAGAGACAUGAGAAACUUCUCCAUGAUGUUGGGGGGCUGGAUGUGGUGGGGGUCUUACACACAGGUUUAUCUGAUAUAACAAGAGGGGUGAAUUUAUACUCCUAUAGGCAGGAAACCGCAGACAUAUUAUUGGAUGUAAACACAGCUCAUAAUAACCUACAGAUAUCAGAUGACGGGAAAACUGUGUCCAGGUCAGAUAGGAACCAG